GCGCUUGUGCGUGGGAUCUGUGUAUUUUUAGCGCCGGCCUUAUGCGGCCCUCCACUUUUUGUGCCAUCCCUUUUCCAACAAUUUAACCUUCCUUCCGCUCCGCCGUUUCUGGGAUUUUUUUUCCCGCUCUAGCUAGAUUCUUCUUCUUCUUCUUCUUCUUCUUCUUCUUCUUCUUCUUCUUCUUCUGUAUAAUCUGUUCCUCCUCCGCGCAGCUUCAACCUUUGUUUGAUUCUGCAUGCAAUCUGAUGAAUCCCCGAGGCUCUCCAUCUCAUGCCGUAUGCACUUGAAGUGACUGACAGAAGGCCACAGAGCGUACCACACACUCGGUGUAGCACAUUGGUCGAUCAUAACACAAACAUCAGCUUUUCAAAGGGCCACCUAAUACACAAGCCUGAGAACAGGAACAUUACAUUUGCAACUAUUUCCAUUGGGCACAACUCGGAUCAGAAAUUGGUGCCUUUUCUUCCUAACAUAUUACAAGAUAUCAACAAGAGAAGCUGUUUCGCAUCAGGAGCUGCUGGCACAGAGAUCAUUCAGUUCCCACAGCCAAUAAUACUUUACUGGUUAGACUGUCCAAAUGAAAAGAACAUGCACGAUCAAGUCGAUCAUUCUAAACCAUUUUCCAGUGGAAGUCCACCACCAGGAAGCACCUUAAGACAGCGUCAGCAUAGGAGAAAAAUCAAAAAGUCAUUGACAGCACUCCCUCCCAGCAAUGUGCUUGUAAAUAAUUCUUCCAGAUCUGUUACUGCUCCUGUAAGAUCUGAUUCUGAUAUUCUGCAUGAUGAUGAUAAGCCUCCAAGAAAGAGCCCUAAAAAGAAAGGAAACAAGAAAGGGAAACAUUACAGGAGAGCAGUCUGCAAAGGGCUCAAUUUGCCAUCAGAAACCCAUUGUGAAGAGAAUAUUGAUGCUGCUUCUCCUGUUGAGGUACUUACUGAUCUGCUGGCUGAUAAAUUGUCAGAAACCUCAUCCUCUGCUAGCUCAUUGGUUAAGGAAGCUCAUUUUGGUGAAGAGAAUGGCGGGGAUUCUGGAUGUACAGGUUCAUCUAAUAGAACUGUAGGUGAGAUAUUUAGCUGCAAGGAUGUUCAUUACUUGAAUGAUGAAUCAAACAAUUACGAGAGAUCACUAUGUGCACGUGUUUCUAACUCUAAUGAUGCAAUAGCAUAUUCAUUGUUUAAGAAGUUGGAAAGGGACAACAGUGUGAACUGCAGUGUCAAUGAUGAGGUGAGGGAUUCAUGCCAUCCGAUAGGGGCCCAUUUAAGCAUAACUCAUGCUGAAGAUUCAAAUGAUUCCUUUGGAUGCAGCUCAUGCUGCUCAAAGAAUGUUGCUGAUAGCAGUAAUCAUACUGAAAGAGUCAAGUGCAGUAGUGAAGCCUGCAGCAGCAAGACUUCUCUUCCAGUUAUUCCUGGGAGGAGCAGAACAAGAUUAAAGGAAAUAUCUAGCUACAGUUUGACUGCAACUAAUGGAGUAAUAGGCACUAAUAAGAACAAGCAUAGUGGAAAAUACAGUUCAACUUCUGUGUGGCAAAAAGUAGAAAAACUUAAUGUGGAGAACACAUCUAGAGCAGGAUGUAUGGUUGAUUCAGCUAUUCAGAACAAGGAUGUACUGGAAAACAUUAACAAGGUUGCACAACAUAAUCUAACAAGGUCAAUGAAAAUAAAUCAGAGGAGAAAAGCAUGUAAUCAGCAUUCACCAGACGAGAGAAUUGAAAUGGAGCAUGCCAAAGAAAAUGAUGCACUAAACUCAUGUCAAGCAUUUUCCAGAUAUAAGUACAAGAAGCAAACAUCAAUACUGUACCAACAAACAAGUUUAUCUUCUGACCAGGGUACUUCUCAGUCAUCAGGGAACUACCAUGCUCCUAAGAACGGUAUUGUCAUGGUGCCAAAGAAUCACUUGCAACAGAAAGAUGGAUUGCCUAUGAUGCAACUAGUAUAUGACAAGGACUCCAGUGUUGAUACUGGAGUAGGUAGCAACGGCUCAGCUGAUGGAGAUGGGAGCUCACAAUCUGGUUUUGAGAAAGCAGCGCUAGCAUCUUGCAACAUGGGUUCUUAUUUGGUCCCACAAGACACAUGCGAGGAAUGUACAUCAACCAUGCAAGCGGAUCCUCAUUAUUCCUCAACCGAAAAUAAGGCCAUAUCCACAAAUUCGAAUUCCAGGAACCUAUGUGCUGAUCCUUCCCCUGCAGAAAUGGACGAAAGGUGUUAUGUGAAGUUGACAAUGGAGAAUACUCCUCAAGAAUGCCCUAAGUUGUAUUCUGCUACUGGAAAACAAUGUAAGUUGUACUCUGCUGCUGCACACGUUUCACAGAAAUGGGUUGCUGUUGGGAAGAAAAAUAUACUCCACUUCGAUGGUUCAGAGACUUCUGCUGUUGAUUCCUCAGUUCUAACUAAUUGUAUUCCUAUUUCUGCUAAUAUUGGUGUUGAAACCAAUGUUUCUAGUGUUCUUGCAUCAGCUAACAAUGAAGUCAACAAAUUAGCUGCUGAGAUAUCUGAUAAACCAAACUCGUCUGGACAUCUUGAUUUGAGAUGUCAACCGCAUACUGAUACUGGUACUGAUUUCAACAAGAUGAGAGAAGCUGUUUGUGAUGCUUACAGGGCCCAACAGAGAGUGGAAGACGUCCAAGUUAUCAUUGGCAGGCCUCUUGCUGAUUUUGAACAAUUUAUUUCCUCUGCUUCUCCGGUUCUGUACUGUAGCACUUGCCCUGCUGAUAGAAACUUUUGCUCACCGGAAUGGGUAAGAGAUGGCCUGUGCUUUCAUCAGAGUACUGAUAUCACUCUAAGUAGAAUUUGGCAGUGGUAUGAAGAACCUUGCUGCUAUGGUCUGGAAGUAAAGGCUCAAGAUUUCCGUAGGUCUAAAGGCUUGUGGAAUAGUCCUCAUCAGUUCACCACCUACUUUGUGCCAUAUCUAUCUGCGGUUCAAUUAUUUGGGCAAGCUAAGAGAGCUAGCACUGGAAGAGUUGAUAAGGAAGCAGCUGGUAUGGAUGUCACAUCUAAAACAUCUCCAUGUCCGAGCUCUCUCCCAAUCUUAACGAAACUUCUGCCACAGCAAUUGCGUGAAACAAUUAGCUCAUCUGAUUUGUAUACUAAAGGUGAUCAGCAGUUUGGAAAUGGAGAGCUCAUAUUUGAAUUUUUUGAAUCUGAACAACCAUUUUGGCGACGACAGUUGUUUGACAAGGUAAAGGAGCUGAUUAGUGGUGUGAAGCCAUCAAGCUGCCAAAUAUCAGGAGACCCAAAGAAUUUGGAGCUCAGCCUGUGUGAUCUCCAUCCUGCCUCCUGGUAUUGUGUUGCAUGGUAUCCCAUAUACCGUAUACCUGACGGUAAAUUUCAGGCAGCAUUCUUAACAUACCAUUCACUUGGGCACUGGAUUGUUCAGGGCGCAUCAGAGCAAGCUGAUGACAGUCGUGUUGUUUUGCCAGUCACAGGUCUUGAGUCUUACAAUGACAAGGUACUAAAUGACUGCUACUCCAUGAAUCCUGAAACAUACAUGCAGGGGGAGUGGUGGUUUGAGGUGGGCAGAUGCAGUGGUGAAGAAGAUGCAGCAGAGUCGAGAGAAGAAGAGUCAGUGUGGAGGGAAGCAUCCGAGGUAGUGAAAGAGAGAGUGCGGACGCUGAAGGAAGCUGCAACGGUGAUGUCCAGGGCAAAGGUGGUGAUGUCCAACAGAUCAAACAGACAUCCAGACCAUGACUUCUUCUUGUCCCGGCAACUCUAUCAGGAGCCAAGGAAGAACCACUAACCAGCUGCAUGCCUGCCUGUACAUACAUACUUACUACUAGUGUGUCUUAGUGCCGUAACAACUCUCAUUAAUUACUGUGUCUGUCUUAGUUGUGUGUACAUAUGUAGUAGUAUGCAAUUAGCGUUGUAACAUAAGGAAGGAAAAGCCUUCGUUCUCUUCUUGUACGUAGGCUGAGAAAGCAAGUUUGAUGUGAGCAUCUUCAUCGUCAAUGACAAGAAGAAAAGAAAUAGAAGAGAAUCAUGAUAUGUUUGUUUUA